AUGGCCUCCAAGUCGCCCAGAAGCGGGCUGGGGGUGGAAACCCACACGCGCAAAGGCCGUUCUCCCUCCCGAUCCCCCAAUUCGAAGACCAGGAAGAAGGCAGCGGCAUCGAAGAAUUCCCACUACGGCUCUGAAGGAGUUACAGAUCAUGAUGUGCUUCAACUACCGGUCUCCGAUUACAAAAUUAUGCUCCGGUUGACAGCGCUGGCCUUCGUGGUACGACUAUUCAGGAUCUACCAGCCAACAAGUGUUGUGUUUGAUGAAGUGCACUUCGGUGGGUUUGCGACGAAAUAUAUCAAGGGGAAAUUCUUCAUGGACGUGCACCCACCGCUGGCUAAAAUGCUUAUCGCCCUUGUCGGAUACUUGGCCGGAUUUCGUGGUGACUUCGACUUUAAAGACAUUGGGAAAGAUUACUUGGAACCAGGCGUUCCGUACGUGGCUAUGCGCAUGUUUCCCGCCUUAAUGGGUGUAAUGGCUGUUCCGACGAUGUUCCUUACUCUGAAAGCAUAUGGCUGUCGAACUUCUACAGCUUCAAUGGGUGCAUUGCUUAUUACAUUCGAAAACGCACUGACGACCCAGUCCCGGUUUAUCCUUCUCGAUUCACCUCUGAUCAUUUUUACCGCCCUUACCUCACUCGCCUUUACAAACUUUACAAACCAGCAUGAGCAAGGGCCUUCAAAGGCAUUCGAAGCUUCGUGGUGGUUUUGGCUCAUUCUUACAGGUAUCUUCUUGGGCGCCACUGUUAGUGUUAAGUGGGUGGGUCUUUUUACCAUCGCCUGGGUGGGAAGCUUGACAAUCCUUCAGCUCUGGGUUCUGCUUGGAGAUACCAGAACAGUCACCGCCGGUAUCUGGUUUAAACACUUUUUUGCGAGAGUACUCUGUCUCAUCGUUCUCCCAGUUGCGUUCUAUAUGGCCAUGUUUCAGAUUCACUUCAUAUGCUUGGUCAACCCUGGUGAUGGAGAUGGUUUUAUGUCUUCCGAAUUCCAGUCGACCCUCAACUCCAAAGCAAUGGAGGAUGUACCAGCUGAUGUAGCCUUUGGCUCAAAAGUCUCUAUCCGCCAUUACAAUACUCAGGGCGGGUAUUUGCAUUCACAUUCUUCUAUGUAUCCUGCGGGCAGCAAGCAACAACAAGUCACUCUGUACCCCCACAAGGAUGACAAUAACCUCUGGCUCAUUGAGAACAACACCCAGCCGUUGGGCGACUACGGGUUAAUUCAGGGACCAACCGCCUGGGAUAACAUAACCGCUAGCAACAUUAUAGACGGAUCAGUUAUCAGGAUUUACCACCUCGCUACGCACCGAAGACUUCAUUCCCAUGACGUUCGCCCUCCCGUGACAGAAGCUGAUUGGCAGAACGAGGUAUCUGCAUAUGGUUACGAAGGGUUUCCUGGUGAUGCAAAUGACCUUUUCCGCGUUGAGAUUGUCAAAUCGAUGUCCGAAGGCGACGAAGCGAAGAAACGUCUCCGCACAAUCCAGACAAAGUUCAAGCUCAUCCACCAUAUGACCGGAUGCGUACUGUUUUCACACAAGGUGAAGCUUCCACAAUGGGGAUUCGAGCAGCAAGAAGUCACAUGCGCCAAAGGCGGGACUCUCCCCAAUAGCGUUUGGUACAUCGAGGAAAAUCACCAUCCAAUGCUCGGACCAGACGCCGAGAAAGUCAACUACAAGAGGCCUGGGUUCUUGAGCAAGUUCUGGGAAUUGCAGAAGGUUAUGUGGAGGACGAACGCUGGCCUCGUCGAGCCCCACGCGUGGGAUUCCAGACCUUCCUCCUGGCCGACACUUUUACGAGGUAUCAAUUUCUGGGGCAUAGACCACCGCCAGGUUUAUCUAAUUGGUAACCCUCUUAUUUGGUGGUCUUCAACCCUUGCAAUACUGUUCUACGUCAUCUUCAAGGGUCUUGCUACUCUGCGCUGGCAACGAAGUUACGACGAUUAUAAGAAUGUGAACUUCAAACGCUUCGAUUAUGAGCUUGGACAAACCGUCCUUGGAUGGGCUUUCCACUACUUCCCAUUCUACCUCAUGGCACGCCAGCUGUUCCUCCACCAUUAUUUACCAGCGCUCUACUUUGCCAUCCUUGCGUUCUGCCAGAUUGUCGAUUACGGGGUAAACAGGGUCAGCUUGACAGGGUUCAGAAGCAAACCUAUCCUCGGGAAGAUAUUCAUGUUUCUCUUUGUUACGCUAUCGAUUGUUGUCUUCUCCCUUUUCUCGCCAUUAAUCUACGGCAACCCUUGGACCAAGAAUGCGUGCGGUAGAGUCAAGCUUCUCGACACGUGGGAUUUCGAUUGCAACCUUUUCCACGAUAAGCUGUCUGAAUAUGAUACACCAAUCGACUUUGUCAAUGGCUCUGAACAACUUCCUUUCCCAACUCCUGCUCCCCAGGGGCAGGAGCAAGAAGGAGAGCCACUGCCACUACCAGCGCAACAACAGGAGCAAAAUGAUGACCCAGGUCAAGUACCAGACAAUGCAAUGGUGACUUCCGCCCAAACGAUGGAACAUACCAAUUCCCAUGUGGAAUAUCGUGACCAGGACGGAAAUAUCUUGAACGACGAGCAAGUAGCGUUGCUGCAAAAGGAGGGUGACGUCUCGUUUGAAACCAAAUACGAAACACGGACGAGAAUAAUUGAUGCGCAGGGCCACGGGGCGAGCGGGGAAGUUCUUAAACCUCAACACCCUGAUGCUGAGGGGCAGAAUCCUGAAACGUCUAGCAAGGGCGACACUGGCGAGUUGCCGAUUAACCGGCCUGCACGCGAACUUAGUGAUGAGAAGUUUGUGGAGACGAAUGCAGGUACGCCCAAGCCGGCAAGUGAAGGGCAUGAGGCUACGAAGAGGGAUGAUGGAAUUUGA